GGGAGGGUGGGGGGGUCCUGCCAGAGGAGGGGGGGCUCUUGUUUCUCUCUCUUUCUCCCUCUCUCUCUCCUUCUCUCCUUCUCCUCUCCGCGGGCUCCAGUCGUCCUUCUUGGCCGCAGUCAUGGAGGCAGACGGGAGUCAAGCCAUCUCGGGCAGCCCCAGCGACUCGCAGCACGACCCCGGUAAAAUGUUUAUUGGCGGCCUGAGUUGGCAGACCUCCCCAGAUAAUCUCAGAGAUUAUUUUAGCAAAUUUGGAGACAUUAGGGAAUGUAUGGUCAUGCGGGACCCGACAACAAAACGCUCCAGGGGGUUUGGUUUCGUUACAUUUGCUGAUCCUGCAAGUGUUGAUAAAGUAUUAGCUCAAGCUCAUCAUGAAUUAGAUUCCAAGACGAUUGACCCCAAAGUUGCAUUUCCCCGAAGAGCUCAACCUAAGAUGGUCACAAGAACAAAGAAAAUAUUUGUAGGUGGAUUAUCAGCUAAUACGGUAGUGGAAGAUGUAAAGCAGUACUUUGAACAGUUUGGCAAGGUAGAAGACGCCAUGCUUAUGUUUGACAAGACCACCAACAGACACAGAGGAUUUGGCUUUGUAACUUUUGAGAAUGAAGACGUGGUGGAAAAAGUCUGCGAAAUUCAUUUUCAUGAAAUCAAUAAUAAAAUGGUGGAAUGUAAGAAAGCACAACCUAAAGAAGUGAUGUUUCCACCAGGGACACGAGGAAGAGCUCGCGGAUUACCAUAUACUAUGGAUGCUUUUAUGCUUGGCAUGGGAAUGUUGGGUUACCCAAAUUUUGUUGCAACCUAUGGCCGAGGAUAUCCUGGAUUUGCCCCCAGUUACAGUUAUCAAUUUCCAGUGCUUUCCGUGGGAUCUUCAAUCAAACCCAGUUAUCCAGGUUUCCCAGCAGCGGCCUACGGACCAGUAGCAGCAGCAGCGGUGGCAGCAGCCAGAGGAUCAGGGAUCCCCGAUUAUGGUUUCUAUUCUCCGCCCGGUGACCAACGGGCUCCAUUAUCGUAUGCGGACUAUGAUUCCAUGGGGCCUCGGGUGGCUCAGAUGCUUCGUAGCGAGCACCCUGCUUCAGCGAGUAACUCCCCCCUCCACCACCUUCCCAGCCCGGAUCAGUUUAAAAGCCCAGUCUUGAAUAGCUACAGUGCUCAACCGAAUUUUGGCGCACCCGCUUCCCCGGCAGGCUCCAAUCCAGCCCGGCCUGGAGGAUUUCCAGGGGCAAACAGCCCGGGUCCAGUUGCAGACCUCUACGGUACAGCCAGUCAAGACUCCGGUGUGGGUAACUACAUAAGUGCUGCCAGCCCCCAGCCUGGCUCUGGCUUUGGGCAUGGAAUUGCUGGGCCUUUGAUUGCAACGGCUUUUACAAAUGGAUACCACUGAAACGUUACACAGGGUUGGUUGCCAUCUCACUUGGAGAGUAUAUCUGGAUGUCCAGGCAAGACAGGGCGAAGUUUCUGAAUGGUUCCAUGUUUAGGUGACACGUCUUCAGACUUUGACCAUUGCACCAUCAUCAGUAACCCACACAAACUGGAGGUGACACUCAAUGGAUAUGGGUUGUCCAAAAUCGGUAUCAUCUCAUGAACCUGCUGUACUAUAUAGAACAACAGCUUUUUAAAACAAAUGUGUAUAUAUAUAUAAUCCAUUUUUGUUCAUGUUAUUAUUUUUCUUGAUGUUUUUUUCCCCCUUUGAGGUCUAUUUUAAUCACUUUUUUGUAGUAUUUUGACAUAGGUUUAUAAUCAAAAUAGAUCUGCUACUCUGCGUAUUUAGGAAAACCCUAACCAUACUCUAUAUCUUAAAACUUUCUUUGCUUUGCUUUUUAAUCCCUUUCUCUUUAUUUCUUUCUUUUUAUGUAAUUUUGUUGCUGAAAUGGUAACAUGAUUUUCAGUUUAUUGGUACCAAUUCUGAAGUUGAAAAGACUUUUUCAGGUGGAAUUUAGCACAAGCUGAAUUUAGAAUUAGAGCAAGCGAGAAAAGUAAGUAGAAAUACUCUCUUUUAUGCUGGAUGGGAAAUAGGAGGCUGGCUCAGUAGCAGGAUCUCUAGCAGUUCUUUUUAUUAGUUAACCUAAUUAUAUCUAUUUUCGGCAAUAAAGUAAGGACUACAAAGUUUUUUGUGUCCUUUUUCUAUAAGUGCAUUUUUUUGUUGUUAAAAAAAAAGAGAGGCGAUAAGGUUUUUUGAAAUUGUGAAAUCUAAAAAAAAAUAGUAAUACUGUAAAUACAAUUCCAUUAACUUGCAUAUAAACUAUUAAAGCAGAGAAAUUGUAAUAUUUUUGUGAAUGGAGUCAGAUUAAGGCAGUUUCUGUACUGAACGGAAGACAAAGAUUAAAAUUUGGGGCACACAUCCCAGGAGGAAUCUUCUCUUCUGCAAGACUUUUUAUAUGAAUGGGAAAUGCAGGAGGGGCGUUGAGGUCCCUCACUCAAUUCCCAUUGAUCUUGCCAACCGCACGCAGGCAGGCAACAUUUCCGCUGGAUUGUGCCCCAAUGUUUUUAAACUUGUGAGAUCGACUGCCAGAGCUGGCCCAUAGCAGUUAGAUCAACACUGUUUUAGCUUGCUCUGUAGAUGUUAGACCUUAUAACUGUACUAGCGUCAUACCAGCAUAUUAACUAGACCUUUGUGCACAGCUUUGAAAGUAACAGUCUAGUUACAUUUUUAAUUUAAAAAAUACAAAAGAAACCCUGCUUUUCCCAAGAUUGAAAAAGCUACAUUUUUAAUAUUUAAAAGGUAUUUAAAGUUUCAAGCACACUUUUUUUAACCAUUUAGAUCACCUGACUGUCCAUCCAUCUCCGUCAGCCCCCCCGUGGCCUGCAGCCUUCUUGACGUCUUGGGAGCUCCCAGCUGUUGGGAGGGGCAGUUAAAGCAUGCAUCUUCUCACCUUUUUUUUUUUCAACCCAUCCUUUUUUUCCCAUUCUUUUCUAAUUCACAAAUUAGAAAAAAAAAAGGCAAAGGUUUAUUUUAAACAAAUCGUUAUGAAUACCUCAGUGCUACAAGUUUGUCACCCUAGAGGCAAGAGAAGCUUAAUUUAUUGUAGAUGAAAACAGAUUUGAAAAAAAAAAUGUAUAAAAACCAUCAUUGCACUGUGACUGGUAGGGGAAAACUGACAAUUUCCGAUUUGCACAUGUUUAAUGUUUGGCUGUUAUAUAUAUGGUCCUCUGCUGGGGAGGAGACUUAUGAAGGAUAUUUUUUAAUUUAAUUUUUUUAAAUAUGGGUCAAAUAGGCUGGCAACAGCAACUCCAAGUACAACACAGUAGGUGAUAUUACAAGCAUAACUAUAGUGUGGAUAUAUUCUUUUUUUAAGCAUUAAUAUUGACAAGUUUUAUUAAUAUUUUUUUAAAUUGUUACGUUUAUAAAUUUGGUACUCUAGGUACAGCCAGAAUAAGACACUGAAUGAGACAUUUGUUAAGAGAAAAAAAAAAGCUGCUGCACUCCUAUUUUUGUAAAAUUUUACUAACCAGUAGGCUAACAUAGAUGUUCAAUAGACAAGUUACAGCAAAGCAUCUUCGAUCACUCACAGAGGCACCACAAGGCGAACUGUAAGGAGGAGGGGAAGAAUCUUAUUCUCCCCCCACCCCACCGCCCUAAUUUUUAAAGUUAACAGCAAAAAUGAGGUGUUUUGCUGGAGGGGGACGGCUGUUAUAUGUUUUAAGUUUUUAUUUUAUUCUUCGAAAAAACAACCAGGUUUAAAAGCCAGAAUGCUGGACGCUUUUUAAAGUUAUUGAGACUUGAUCAAGUAGUACAUUAAAAAAAAACAAAAAAGUAAUAAAAAUGAAAUGAAAUAAAUAGAAGGAAUUAAUCACAAACUAAUUCCCUGAGACUCAAGUGUCUUUUUACAAAAAAAAUAUAUAAAAAAAUUAAAAAGAGCGAGAAAAAAAAAAGAAAAAAGUCAGGGAUUUUUUUUAAUUAUUAUUACAUUUUAAUCAAGAUAGAUGCCAUCCAUGUGCAGGAGUUCCUGAGGGUGGAUUUCUUUUUAAAUGAUGGAGCUCUCUUGGAUUCUCACAGAGCUUCCUUGGUGGAGUUUCUGGGAACGUGUGCCUGUACUGUAGACUAUCAUGUGUGUUUCUCCUCCUCCUCCUUCCUCGGUCUCUGGCACCUCAUAGAAGAUUCUUUGUUGAUCAUUGUUGUAUGUUAAUAAUGUAUAAAAAUGACUAUCUUGUAAGAGUGCUGUCCUGAUUCUAGUAUAGUGACACCCUUCCACACAUACCCUUUCUCUUCUCUUCCUCUUCCAGUACAUAUUGUAGUUGUAUUGUAAUUAAGGUUAAAUACAUAGAUGUAGUUAUUCAGAUUUAGGACCAGUAAGGAUAGAACUUUCUCUUAUUUAAGGCAAAAAGAAAUGCUAAUAAUUUUGGGGCAGGUUUUUGUUUUUAUUUAAUUUCUUUUUUCGCUCUUUUACUUUCUGCUGAUCUCAUGUGGUUUCAAACUAACCAAAGGCUUCACAAUAAGAAAGAAAGAAAGAAAGAAGGAAGGAAGGAAGGAAGGAAGGAAGGAAGGAAAGAAAGAAAGAAAGAAAGAAAGAAAGAAAGAAAGAAAGAAAGAAAGAAAAUAAAUGUUGGCAAAACUACUGCAGCAUUUUGCAGAUUCCCCCACCCUUCAAUUUUUAUUUAAAAAAAAAAGGGUGUGCCAUACUACCUUAAAUGCUAAUGCUAGAUAUGCAAAACUGGAUUUUUUUAGUUUAUUUUUUAAAGUAAAAAAGCGAGGCAUGGUAUAAUGAAAUGAUUUUGCAAAGAGAAAAAAAAAAGUAUUUUUUUAAAAGAAAGAAUACUCCGAAGAAAAGUUGAUAAUCUCUGUGAAUAUGUUUUAGAUAGUUCUAUACCUUCUGGAUGCCCAGAGCACAACUUGUGUGGAACCUGGUAUAUUUUUUAGGUGACUGCCUAGAGUAAGCUUCAUUUUCUUCCCUCAUUCAUCUAGACGUCCAUACUAAAAAGAUUUGAGAAUUUGUUUCCAUUUGGGGAAAUUAAUUUUAAACGCAGACGGUUCACCUGCAAUUUCAUUUUAGUCAAGAGAACAGACCGACAUUGCUAUCCCAGCAUUGUACUGUUCUGAACCUCAUUUGAAAAAGAUUGCCUUAGGGGAGGGGGGAUGUCUGCAGAGACGAAGCAAAAUUCAAGAUGGCAUCCACCACAACCAAGUGAUUGUAGCCCUGCUCCAUUUGUACGCACCUCGCGAUGGUUGGGGCUUUGAUCACAUGGUUGUGGACUCCAUCUUGAUUCUUUUAUCCCGCCCCCUCCCCAUCAUCUUGUGAAUACUCUUUUUUGGGAGUUAGCAAAAGGCAGUUCAAUGGUGCCAAACGCACCAUUAGUAAUACAACAGUAGAUACUUUACACCAGGGACAUCCAACCUUGGCAACUUUUAAGAUCUGCAGACUCCAACUCCCAGAAUUUCCCAGCUAGCAUCAUUGGAGAAUUCUGGAAGUUGAAGUCCACAGGAAUUAAAGUUGCCAAGGUUGAACACCCUGGCUUUCUGCAUUUCCAUGGAGAGCAUUGAAAAAUGCUAUUUUGUGCCUCAAACCAAGUUAUAUAUUGAUAAAGCAAUCGGGAUAUCAGAAACCCAGUAAGAGGUGUCAGAAGGCUUUUAAAAAAAAUUAGAAGUCAUGUAACAUAGUGAAAUAUAUUUUGUUUUGUUUUUGUUUGUUUUUUUGCUACUUACUUGAACAAAAGGGCCAGAAUUUCACCCCUAGGCUGUUGGAGUUUUUUAGUUUGUCUUGUUUCUCUUCCCACUGAAGGAGAAAAAAAACAACUUCUCAUCCAAUUUUAAGUUGGGAGUGGACUUGAUUAAAACAAAGAGCAACCUGUCCCUUUUUUUAAAUCUCCUAUUUGCAUAAUGUUUCUUUUGAUUUGAAUUAGUAGCUUGGACUUUAAGGUAGCAUGGCUCUCUUGCUGUAAUUUUUCUUUCUCUUGUACAGCAGUAUAUACGCAAGCUGAUGAAUGUGACACAUCCUGCUAGGCUAGUUGAAUCAUUGGAUAAUUGUUGGUAAAUAAUAAUGACCUGAAAGGUGUACAGACUUUUAAUUUACUUUUCCACCCGGCCAUUAACCCUGCACAGCUCUUUCAGUCUGGAGUAUGAAUGUGGGCUAGGGACUCCAGUCACCAAAAACAUCCUCUUUCAUUUUCCAUCUAAUUCAAUGCAAGACACACAAAAAAAGACUAAAGCAAUAUAGUUUUACUACAUUUUUCCUCAAAUGUCAGCCAUGGUUAUAUAAUAUAUAUAUAUUGCAUAUAAAAUUGUUUACAAGAAAACACUAACUACUUAUUUUUUACUCCUUAGUGUAUUUGCUUGAAAGGUUUCCUACUUGUUUUUUGGUUUGGGGUUUGUGUUUGUUUUUCUGCCAAGUAAAAUGGUUAGAAAAGCAGAGUGAAGCUGGUCUAACUAUAUUUUGAGUGACGGGGGCCUUAGACACACUGGCAGAUUCAAGGGAAAAAAAUCUGCAUCAAUACACUGUAGAGUUUCAUAAAGGAUGCAGAAUCUAAUUCCAAUCCAUUUCUCACCGUGUGCAAGCACUACAUGAGAUUCUGCCAGCUAAGCAAUACUUUAAUACUGUAAUAAGAAUUCUACCAAAAAUAAAAAAUAAAAAAAAAUUAAUGUUCCGAAGCAAAGCUGUUUGUUCGCCAGUAACCAAACAAUCAGAAUGUAUUGUCUUUACAGAAUUUUGUUUCAAAAAAAAAAAAA